CGUGACAGCUCUACAGGCGAGGAACGAGGCGGACAGAUCAGGGUUUUCCCUGCCCUGAAAAUGGACGCUGAAGGCUUCGGCGAGCUUCUGCAGCAGGCAGAGCAACUUGCAGCAGAGACAGAGGGCAUCGCUGAGCUCCCUCAUGUCGAACGUAACCUCCAGGAGAUCCAACAGGCAGGAGAGCGUCUGCGCUCCCGGACUCUCACUCGGACCUCGCAGGAGACUGCAGAUGUCAAAGCAUCGGUUCUUCUUGGGUCCAGAGGGCUUGACAUCUCUCACAUCUCUCAGCGGCUAGAGAGUCUCAGCGCUGUCACAACCUUUGAGCCUCUGGAGCCUGUGAAAGACACAGAUAUACAGGGAUUCCUCAAAAAUGAAAAAGAUAAUGCUUUGCUGUCUGCCAUUGAAGAAUCUAGGAAACGGACCUUUGCCAUGGCUGAGGAGUAUCAUCGGGAAUCAAUGUUGGUCGAGUGGGAACAGGUGAAGCAACGGAUCCUCCAUACACUGCUGGCUUCUGGAGAAGAUGCCCUGGAUUUUACGCAGGAGAAUGAGCCCAGUUACAUUGGCGAGUUGGGGCCACCCGGCCGCAGUUCCUUGGACAACAUUGAAAUGGGUUACGCCCGACAAAUUUAUAUUUAUAAUGAGAAGAUUGUGAACGGAUAUCUGCAGCCCAACUUGGUGGACCUUUGCGCUGCUGUGGCAGAACUGGAUGAUAAGAACAUUUCUGACUUGUGGGUUAUGGUGAAGCAAAUGACCGACGUCCUGCUGGUUCCUGCUAGUGAUGCGCUGAAAGUCCGGACAAGCAUGGAAGUGCAGAUGGAGUUCGUAAGGCAGGCUCUGCGCUACCUUGAGCAAAGUUACAAGAAUUAUACCUUGGUGACAGUCUUUGGAAAUUUGCAUCAAGCUCAGCUGGGAGGAGUACCUGGAACAUACCAGUUAGUCCGCAGUUUCCUGAACAUCAAACUCCCAGUGUCUGUCCCAGGACUCCAGGAUGGAGAGGUGGAAGGCCAUCCAGUCUGGGCACUCAUUUACUACUGCAUACGCUGCGGGGACUUGAUGGCAGCCUUGCAGGUGGUGAAUCGCGCACAGCAUCAGCUGGGAGAGUUCAAGACCUGGUUUCAGGAGUACAUGCACAGCAAAGACAAAAGGUUAUCUCCUGCCACUGAGAACAAGGUUCGCCUCCAUUACAGACGAGCCUUGAGGAACAACACCGACCCUUACAAAAGAGCUGUUUACUGCAUCAUAGGCCGGUGCGAUGUUGCUGAUAAUCACAGUGAAGUUGCUGAUAAAACGGAAGAUUAUCUUUGGCUAAAGCUGAACCAGGUGUGCUUUGAUGUUGAUGGCACCAAUUCACCGCAGGACCGGCUCACUUUGUCUCAGUUCCAGAAGCAACUGCUUGAAGACUAUGGCGAGUCACACUUCGCAGUGAACCAGCAGCCGUUCCUCUACUUCCAAGUGUUGUUCCUGACAGCCCAGUUUGAGGCCGCUAUCGCUUUCCUCUUCCGCACUGAGCGUUUGCGCUGUCACGCCAUUCACGUUGCCUUGGUCCUGUUUGAGCUCAAGCUGCUCCUGAAAUCUUCCGGGCAGAGCGCACAGCUUUUGAGCCAUGAGCCUGGUGACCCUCCUGGCAUCAGGCGCCUGAAUUUUGUUCGCCUUCUGAUGCUUUACACCCGCAAGUUUGAGUCCACCGACCCCAGAGAAGCCCUGCAGUACUUCUAUUUUCUCAGGAAUGAGAAGGACAGCCAGGGGGAGAACAUGUUCUUGCGCUGCGUCAGCGAGCUAGUGAUCGAGAGUCGAGAGUUUGAUAUGAUUCUUGGGAAACUGGAAAACGACGGCAGUAGAAAAAACCCAGACAAAGUGCUGGAGCUGAUGAACAAGCUGCUGAGUCCCGUGGUCCCCCAGGUCACAGCCCCCCAGUCUAACAAGGAGAGGCUGAAGAACAUGACACUUUCUAUCGCUGAGAGAUAUAAAGCUCAGGGGAUAAGUGCCAAGAAGCCCAUCAACUCUACAUUCUACCUUCUGUUAGACCUGAUCACUUUUUUCGAUGAAUAUCAUGCUGGUCACAUUGACAAGGCCUUUGAUAUAAUUGAACGGCUAAAGCUGGUCCCCCUGAGUCAAGACUACGUGGAAGAAAGAGUAGCCGCCUUCAGGAACUUCAGUGACGAGAUCAGACACAAUUUGUCAGAGGUUCUCCUUGCAACAAUGAACAUUUUGUUCACCCAGUACAAGAGGCUGAAAGGUACCAGCCCUGCCACUCCCGCCAGGCCUCAGCGGGUUAUUGAGGAUCGAGAUUCGCAACUCCGGUCCCAAGCUCGGGCACUGAUCACUUUUGCCGGGAUGAUCCCCUACAGAACAUCAGGGGAUACAAACGCAAGAUUGGUUCAGAUGGAAGUCCUCAUGAAUUAGAUGUUUUAAGACUCCUGCCGCCUGCUGUUUCAUGCACUCCGUGGACGGGUCCAAUUAGAAUUUUUUUGGUUUUUGGUUUUUUUGGUAUUAUGUAUUUUUG